AUGGCAGCCGCAGGUGGGGCCGUGGCGGUGGCGAGAGGAGCCCGCCCGGCGCAGCAGACCGGACCGGCGCUAGCGCAGGCAGGAGCGCCCGUGCCGCAGGUGCAAGUGGUGGAGGCGCCACCAGAGGAGUCACGGGCUGUGGCAGCGGAAGCAACGAAGCAUCCAAUUCUGCCAGAAAAGAACCAGCGGCAGAAAACUGAGGACGGAACCAAAAUGGCUAUCUUCUUCGAUUCAUGGGUGACUGAAAUGUUGGCUGUACUGUCAACAGUUUUUGCGGUACUGUACGUUACCUUCAAAAUCAAUUACACCUACUGGAAAAAGAAGGGUCUGCCAUACUUGGAGCCGUCUUUUCCACUAGGAAAUGGCUGGAACACGGCACUAAUGAGGAAAUGUCCGGGUGAAGAUAUGAAAGACGUUUAUUUUGCAACAGAAGGGAAGGACGUCGUGGGUAUUUACUCAUUAAACAACCCUCUUCUUGUUGUGAGGGAUCCAGAGCUGAUCAAAACGAUCAUAGUAAGGGAUUUCAACUACUUUCCCGACCGGGGCAUCUAUGUAGAUGAGGAGACAGAUCACUUGAUGGCGCACCUCUUCUUCCUCGGAGGAACCAAGUGGAAGGCUCUGCGCCAGAAGCUGACGCCCACGUUCACACCGGGAAAAAUGCGCGCCAUGUUCGGCAUAGUGCUCGAAUGCGCGCGGGUUCUGGCUGACGUCACACCUGCGGGCAGUGUUGUGGAAGUCCGCGAGCUGAUUGCCCGCUACUCCACCGACGUCAUUGCUUCCUGCGCCUUCGGCAUCGACGUUGACAGCCAGCACAACCCCGAGGCGGAGUUCCGGCAAUGGGGCAGGCGCUUCUUCAAGCCAUCUGUCCGUUCUUACCUGACUCAGGCUCUGGGAUUCUCUAAUCCCAAACUGCGCAACCUGCUGCCAAUACCCUUCACACCAAAGGACAUCACAGAGUACUUUACACGCGUCGUUGAUGACACAGUCAAACAUCGAGAGAAGACUGGCGUCAUUAGGAAGGACUUCAUCCAGUUGAUGGUUCAGUUGAAGAAUAUUGGAUACGUUGAUGACAGCUUCUCAAUCACUGGGCAGCAGAGUACUGAACAGACAAGUAACAGGCUGACGACCAAGGAGGUGGCAGCACAGGCGUGGGUGUUCUUCAUCGCAGGGUUCGAAACAUCCUCCACCACCGUAAGCUUCUGCCUGUAUGAGCUCGCUAGACAUCCGGAUAUCCAGAAGAAGGUGCAAGAAGAAAUUGACGACGUACUGAAAAAGAACAACGGCGAUGUGACGUUCGACAUUAUAAUGACCCAGAUGCCGUACUUGGAAAAGGUGGUGAACGAAACCCUUCGUAUGUAUCCGCCCGUUCCAGUUUUGAAUCGCGAGGUGGCGGAGGACUACAAGCUUCCAGGAUACGACUGUGUCUUGGAGCAAGGAACUAAGGUGCUCAUUCCAGUCAUGGGACUCCAUUAUGACAGGAAAUUCUUCCGAAACCCGGAGAAAUUCGACCCGGAGCACUUCUCUGAGGAGCAGAAGGCAUCCAGGCAUUCGUACUGCUAUCUACCCUUUGGAGAAGGGCCACGCAUCUGCAUUGGGAUGCGUUUUGGGUUGACGCAGGUGAAGGUGGCGCUGGUACAUCUGCUGUCAAAAUUUGACUUUCUGCCCGUCGGAGACAAGCAGUCGAAGUCCAGCCAGCAGUGGUCCCCACCAGCAGCCAGCAGCGGUCCCCGCCAGCAGCCAGCAGCGGUCCCCCGCCUGCAGCCGUCCUCCCCAGCAGUGGUCCUCGCCCGCAGCAGUCCCCACCAGCACCGGCCCCCGCCAGCAGCCAGCGGCCAGCAGCGGUCCCCACCAGCAGUCACCAGCGGUUGCAGCCACCAGCGGUUGCAGCCAACAGCAGUCGCAGCCACCAGCGGUCGCAGCCACCAGCCAGCAGCCUAG